AUGCGUGGUUUAGUGGCAUUAAUGUUGGCACUCCUAGCUGUACAAAAUGGGACCGGCCAAAACUUUGACACGACCACUUUCCAAGAUUACGGGGGUGGUACUGGUGGAAAUGGUGGAACCGGUGGAAAUGGGAAUGAUUUUUCUGACUACGGCGGAACAGACACAGGUGCAAAUGGAAACGGAAACACAAACACCGGGACUGGCGAUAAUGGUGUGGACUUUGGUGGGGAUUACGGCGACUACGACAAUGGUGGAACAGGAGGUGGAGCUGCAGGAUCCUUAGGUACUGGCGGAAGCAAUGGUGGUUUUGAUAAUGGCGGAAGCAAUGGUGGAUUUGAUAAUGGUGGAAGCAAUGGUGGAUUUGAUUAUGGCGGAAGCAAUGGUGGAUUUGAUAAUGGUGGAAGCAACGGAGGUUUUGAUAAUGGCGGAAGCAAUGGUGGAUUUGAUAAUGGUGGAAGCAAUGGUGGAUUUGAUAAUGGCGGAAGCAAUGGUGGAUUUGAUAAUGGCGGCGGAAGCAAUGGUGGAUUUGAUAAUGGCGGAAGCAAUGGUGGAUUUGAUAAUGGCGGAAGCAAUGGUGGAUUUGAUAAUGGUGGAAGCAACGGAGGUUUUGAUAAUGGCGGAAGCAAUGGUGGAUUUGAUAAUGGCGGAAACAAUGGUGGAUUUGAUAAUGGCGGAAGCAAUGGUGGAUUUGAUAAUGGCGGAAGCAAUGGUGGAUUUGAUAAUGGUGGAAGCAAUGGUGGUUUUGAUAAUGGUGGAAGCAAUGGCGGUGAUAUGAAUGGUAGUCAAGGUGGAAAUAUGUACGACAACGGAAGCGGAGGUGAGCAGUCCUUUAUUGACGGUGAAAUGGGCAACGGAUCAUCAAACGGUAUGAAUGGAAAAGAUAACAAGGGACCAGCAAGGCGUGGCUCUGGUUCCAAAUACAGGAAGCCAAGAGGAGGAAUGAAAUAUCAUUGGAUGAAGCCUUACAUGUACAAAUAUAGGAAAGGAUAUAUGAUGGGCAGACAAAGAUAUUAUCCAAAAAUGUACAUCAUUAAAAACAUGGCCUACAGAAGAGGAGGAUAUAUGCAUCAUGGAAGGGGAUACUAUGGUGGAAGAUGGGGGAGAAGAUACGGUGGGUAUAGAAGAGGUUAUCUUUACAGAAGGCGUUCACCAUAUGUAAGAAUGAUGAAGCCUAGAUAUUACAAGAAGCGGUACAUGUACUCAAAAUGGGGACCUAAGAUGCACUGGUUUGUCUGA